AUGGGGUUACAGAACAGCAAUCGGAUACAGUGUAGAUUCAAAGGCUAUAUAGCGCCAGAGGGAGAGCAGGCCAGGCCCAUCACCGGCUUCUACGAGGACAUGCUAAAGAAGCCCCUCUCUCAAGUCCAAUCUUUGUCUCAUACUACUCCCGAGCCCCCGAAGGAACAACCACGUACAACGAAGGAGGAAACAUUCGCAAAAGCACGUAUCAUCUUCGGAUCCACGACUGCGCUCGAAGAACGCAAGCAAGAGAUUCUGAAAUCCUCACAAAACAUUGCCGGUGUUCUGGUCCCUCCGCGCCCCGAGGAACCAGACAACUGCUGCAUGUCUGGUUGUGUGAACUGUGUAUGGGACAUGUAUCGAGAUGAGAUGGAGGAAUGGGCAGAGAAGCAGGCUCAGGCGAGAGCCGCACUACAGGCUCAGCGGCAGGAAGGUAAAGGGACUGGAAGCAUGGUGGCUGGGGACUCGACGCCGAACCAUGUUGCCACGAGUAUGGAUGAUGACGGGGGUGGUAGCGAGACCAAUUGGGACGGUGGCCUGGAUGACACCGACAAGGAAAAGCUGUUUGAAGACAUACCCGUGGGCAUUCGGGAAUUUAUGAAGACAGAAAAGAAGCUGAAACAGGCGCAGAAGAAGGCAGAGGCGGCCUCAACUGCUUGA